UUUGUUAGAAAACCUUUCAUUGGUUAGAUGCGUCAACAUUUCUUUCGUUUUGUGUAUUGGAAAGAAAUCAACUCAGAGAAUUUGUGUAAACAUUCCAGUUUUCCGGGUUAAUUUUACUUUAUGAAGGAGAGGAGGCCUCAAUAUCUAAAUAUAUGAUUUAUUUACGGGCAAUUAGCUGAUAGAAAUGGGAAAACAGAGCAGCAAGCUCAAACCAGAAGUACUUCAAGAUUUGAAACAAAAUACAGAAUUUUGUGAAGAAGAACUACAAGAAUGGUACAAAGGAUUUCUCAAGGACUGUCCAAAUGGUCAUUUAUCUGUUGAGGAAUUCAAGAAAAUCUAUGGCAAUUUUUUUCCAUAUGGUGAUGCAUCCAAAUUUGCGGAACAUGUGUUUCGAACUUUUGAUACAAACGGUGAUGGUACAAUAGACUUCCGAGAAUUUAUCUGUGCUUUAAGUGUAACAUCUCGGGGAAAACUUGAACAAAAGUUGAAAUGGGCCUUUAGCAUGUAUGAUUUAGAUGGAAAUGGAUAUAUAUCACGCCAAGAAAUGCUAGAAAUAGUAACUGCAAUUUACAAGAUGGUUGGGACUGUGAUGAAAAUGCCAGAAGACGAAUCUACACCUGAAAAACGAACAGACAAAAUAUUCCGUCAAAUGGAUAAAAAUGCAGAUGGACAAUUAUCCUUGGCAGAAUUUAUUGAAGGGGCAAAAAGUGAUCCUUCAAUUGUGCGACUUUUGCAGUGCGAUCCUAAUUCCCAAGGUUGACUUUGACAACAAUUUUUUGAUUUUUACACUUAUUUUUUGUAUCAGAAAAAUAGGACGACAAUGAGAACUAUUUAAAUCUUUAUAUGUUGAACAAAUUUAUUCAUUGAGAGAUUGUGAUGUACAUUUUCCUUUCUUAUUGUUAAAUUAAUUCCUUCAACAGUCAUGUGAAUAACAAGAUUGUCAAAUCUAUUAAUCUUUUUA